AGCCUGGACAAGAUGGCCCGAAUCGUUCUUCUGAUGCUGGGAGUAUUAUGUGCGUUGGCCCUCGGACAGCAGAUGAGAUGCUUCGCAACGACACGUUAUUACGUUCCUCAUUUCACAGCCAACUGGUACCGCGCUGCGGAGUACUGCUUCAGCCUUGGUAUGCGACUUGCAAUCGUGCAGACACCGCAGGAACAUGCCGCCGUUGUUGAGGUGAUCAAACGAUCCGACAUCUACAAUAACGAUAGCACCAUAGCCUGGCUGGGUGCUAGCGAACUGGCCGUGGAAGGAACUUACUAUUGGCACGCGACCGGGGCCCGGCUUCAGUAUGCGAAUUGGCGCCCGGGACAACCGGACAACUAUAAGGGAAAUGAACAUUGUCUGGCUUUGAUGAACAUCCCCGGCCAGGGUUGGAACUGGCACGCCAAUGAUGGGCCGUGUGGGAAUGCGCAUUAUUUCGUUUGUGAUAAUGCGGAUGCCGAUAGAAACGUGGGAGUUUUCUAGUGUGAUGUAAAUAAGAUGAGUACAGUUAAUACGUAAAGCAACAGAGAGAUUAAUAAAAUUAGGAUAUUAUUUGAUAUAA